AUGCCUCUAAUGCUCGCUUGCAUUUCCUUGCCAUCGCGCACCAACACAAACGUGCGCUACCACUUCCGCUCGGACACACAAAAGUCAGUCCGCGACAGCUUUCGACGGGUUCGGCCGUGUACGUGUGUCGUUCGACAACGCGUGUACGUGAAAGUUUGGUGUGGUGAUCAAACGAUUCGCUCGGGCGGGCCGUUGUCUUGGCCGAGAAGGCCGUCCGGAGAACAGCGCCGUCCAAAAAAGAAAGACACGUGUCGGCACGAUUCGUUGGCCACCCCCAGCGAACAAAUCGAGCGCAGGAACGUCACACCUUGGCCUGGACAAACGCAUCGGUCAAAGGAUCGGAUUGUCGCACGCAAAAGACCGACAGUAACAAACGAAAGAUCACCACUCGCCAAUUGCCACAAGGAGGCAAGCUCGGAACGAGUUCCACAGAACAGCAACAAAGCGCACUUUAAGAAUCCACCUCCCCGACAGCUGCUGUCGUAGCAAGAAGAACACGACGCAAGAGGAAGCCCCCACAGUACCUCGUUGACAAGACAAAGGCCCCAAAUAGGGGUUUUUGUCUGGGGCGAAUUCGCUUCUGCGGAUGAUCGUCUGCAUCGGCGCCUGAGCAGAUCUGCGUCGACGCGACGGAUUGCUGCCGGCAGGAGUUGAAGGCGACGCAGGGAUUCAACUGGUUGGCGCACGAAGGAGCUCGGAAUCCGGUACUGCCCAGCAGGAAGAACAAGCGGCACCGCUAAGAAGAAAACGCGCAGGUAUCGUGCACCUAGUUUUUAAGAAGAAAAAACCAUGACCGUUCAGAGCUAAGGCGAAU